AUGACAAUGGGAGUCUUUGUUUAUGAAGGGACGGCCACCGAAGCCAUUCUGGCUGUUCAUCUCUGCCCAAAGCUGUCUUCAGCUUGGACUAGCGCCAGGGCAGCUAUCGUCGACAAUGCGGCCGUGGUUUCCCUGGGAAUUCCCAAGCUUUUCUGUCCGUACUUCACUCUAUUCAACUAUGCGGACACCUCCGUCACUGAUGGGAAUGAUGCUGGAGAUGAGAAGAAUGCCGUGCUGUGCCGUUCCCCCGAACCAAGAGAUGCAGCUGAAGACAUUCUUACAUACCUCCCCUUCCGGUCUAGAACUCGGACGAUUCUUCCUCCAAGACACACGGCGCAACUAGCCCGUAGCCUAUCUCAAUCAAGCUCUUGUUGCAGGAAACGGGCUCAUGCAACCCAGCAGGCCUCAAAGUCCAGCUUUGCGUGCUUUGCCCAACCCCCAACCGAUCGCCAAAGUACCCUUGAAUCCUUACCGCCGCGCUACCCCGGUUCCGGCAGGUCGGUUGCCCGCAGUCCGGCACUUGACCUCCUGGAUCUGCACUGCGGUGUUGUUUGCUUGGGUCGCAUCGGGGUCCACCACCAGUCCUACCAGCCCAAUUUAUCUAGGCCUUUAUUCCACUUGCUUAAUCAAGUCUUCAAGGCCGACCAGACGAUGCAAAAGGUCCAUCAAGCGCGCUUCUUCAAAGUUUGUGGUCUGCUAUUCGGAUUCGCCAUGCCGCUCUUCCCGUCAACUAAUGUCUCUAUGAAGCGUGUAGAACCUGCACGUGUAAGCAGCCGCCUCCCAUUCCAAGGGUUGCGUGCUCGUCUGAUGAUUCAAGAUACCCCUGGCCAAGAUAGACACGCCCAGCCACAGUCGAAUGCUUCUCUCCAGGCUUCCAACCUUCCCUCUCCAGGUCCCAGUCACCUCCGCUCUCCUCCGCCCGUCUCCCAAGCCUGUGAUCUGAGCGCCAUUAAACGCAGAAUCACCAGCCAGUCGUGUCGAUACCACCUGCAUGUUCCCUCCCCCUCUUACACCGCAGAGGCGGGGACUUUUGUCUGCAGCUUGUUGCCGCAUCUCGUUCUUGCGUUGAUCAGGCAGGGCAAACUUGAGAUACCAAGAUACUUUUCUCUCGAGGCGGGCCGCAAUGGCCCAAACGGGAAGGUUGUAAGAGCUGCCCAGGCGAUCCCCGACGGUCCGAUCCUCGUCAUUCAUCCUGUUCCUGUUUCCCGUUGGCCCUGCCGUCGAAAAGUGUCCAUCUCAGGCCUGGAAACUAUGUUUUUCUACUUUCCCCUCUUAUCCUCAAUCCCUGGUAGUAGUUGUUGGACACAACUCUCCUCGUACCUCGUAACACCGUACAUAAAGGAGAGCACACCCGUGCGAUCCUCAAUCUUGGCGAUGCCUUCUCUCGUGCACCCUCGCUGA